UUUGUUCACUUUGAAGGCUUGUGCAGCACAUUUCACCAACCCAAAAUCAUUGUUCUACACAUGUGUGGGCGUUUUCAGCGGUCGGCCCCAUGAUGUGACAUCAAUGUCAGAAAAGCUCACUGCUGUACUUGCCAGAUGUGAGAGAAUCCAACAAGGGGCAGAAACCCUGUCCAAUUUGCCCAGUCAUUUGGCAGAGCGGCUUCAAAAAUUGUAUUCAAAAUGUGAGAGGUUGAAGCAAGCCAAUUCACAGGAGCAUUCCAAUUCUUCGAUAGAUCGCGUGGAUGCAGGCGAUGAAGAUCUUCAAAGGGAUGAAGUGGCAUUGACCGAUCCUUAUCUUCUCGAGGAAGAUGAAGAAGCGGAGGCAAAGAGGACACCGGGCCUUGCUGCACAGGAGCCGAAGGAGCAAGAAUCGGAGUUGGAAGAAGAGGUCAAGGAGGCUGAGGAGGGAAAGGAGGAGAGAGACGAGGUUGGAGACGAGGCUCGAAGUUCCGCUGAGCCUGGUGUGAGCGACGUGAGUCACUCCGAGAAGUUGAAGAGCCAGGUGGAGCAGCUGGAGCGCUCUCCCGCUGAAGCCAGUGAUGUUGCAAGUGCCGCUUUGGAAACUGUUCAGUUCGUGAGCUGUGCUUGGAACAACUUGCCAGUGAACGUUGAGUUCGUGGAGAAGGAGGUGCGUUACAUUGUGGAAAAGAAAUUGGGAGAGAGCUCUGGAAGCGCCAUUUAUGCGAUCCGCUCUGCAAAUGGUGGGGGGUUUAUCGUCAAGAUGUCGGCGGAGAACAAGGAGCCCUUUGCCAGGCUUUUUCGCGAGGGCGAGUUGCAGAAGGUGGAGCUUGAGAACGUGAUGCUGGAUAUUUUCGAUGUGUCUUCCUUUGUCCAGACCCUCACUCAAGUCAUCUCAGACUUCAAUGCCUCUAUGUCGACUCCAAUGCUGCCAACCGUGCCGCUUGAGCAAUCCGCGUUCAAGGUCUUGUUCUCGGGCGACGAGGGAACGCGAAGUGUCGAAGAGAAACCGGGAGAGACUCGGGAGGUGGCAACUUGGUCCAAGGCCAAGCCACAGGCACCGCCCAAGUCUUUGUCCACGAUGCUGGAAAGCUAUGUCGACGAGGACAGUGUGAGCAAUGUGUCGGAUCCCAAUCCUGAAGAACCUGACGGAUCUGACGCGAAGGUGGAGGUCUCUGGACCUGUCACGGCAGAAGGGGCCAAAGCACGCGCUGUGGCUCGCAUGGCAAAGAGCCAAACAAAGGCAAAUACGAAAGAGGAUGAAGACCUUGAAGAAGAUCAGGUGCAUGAAGUGGAUGUGCUCAAAGGCCCGAAUGAAGUUGGCGAAGGAGCCUUUACUUGGGAUCCAGCAACGGGACAAUUCGUGAGGGAAGAGAUCCCAGCUGACAUAGCUGAAGAGUUUCGGCGCAAGCCUUUGAACUUGGAGGAUUAUCAGCAGCGGGUGCUGAUGGCCCAGUUGCAAGACAAAAAGCGACGUUUGCAACAGCAGCAAGAAGAGAGAGAUCGCCAGCGGCAAAAGUUAGAGAAGCAACAGGAGCAGGAGCGACUGCAAGCACAGCGUGAGCAGCAGCUUACCAGGGUGCUGGAGUCAUAUGCUCAGGAGUCUCCACCUGAUGCUAGUGGUCCUGGCCUUGAGCAUGCAGGGGCGCAAGUACCGCCGUUGCUGGUUCCGCAUGACGCGACCAACGUUGAUCAGCUAACGCUACUCCAAUCUGCCCAAGCAGCCCACGCAGCACAAGUAGCCCAAGCGGCACAGAUCCAACAGCAAGCGUUCAGACUGCAAGUCCAACAGCUGGCAGCUUUGCACGGUGUCUUGAAUGCCGCGAGGCACAAGAGAAUCUCUUAUUAUGUGUGCUGACGCUUUGCACAACGCUUUCAGCUUUUAAUCAAGUCCUUUUUAACGCGUGCUUUUCUUGUGGGAACACGUAAAUUCAGAGGCAUGCUGCACAUCCUUCAGUCCAAAAUCACAAGUCGCUUUCUUAGCACUGCCAACAUUCUGCCAUAUUGCGAUAUGUUACUUUACCUUGUCACAGAUUUCAAAAGGAUGAUGGAAUUCUUCGAUUGCAGUCGAAUUCAAACACACAUCGAAUGGUUUCCAGUUGGCAAAUGCCUGGAGUCACUCCCGGCAUGGCGCAACAUUUGGGUCUUGCCUCUCAGAUCUAUUCCUGGAUGGCAGGCCAAGCUGCCUUUGGAUCUUUGUGAUUUCUUUCGAAAGAGAGAGAAUCGCUGGGAAAGAGGCUCUUGAGCUUUAGUUUUGUGGAAGAGAUGAGCAGCGCUGACUUCAAGGACUUCCGACGAAGCACUUACGACCUACCGUGACCUAUGCGACCUCCGACUCCUGUCCAGACGGCCGGUCAAGACAAGACGGCCCGCCGAGUCCCAGCAGCGCUGCCUGCGGUCCAUGAGUUGAUGUCGGCCAAAGGAGUCUUUUCUACAUAGCAGUGCUAUGAGCAGUACAUGGCCCUAGCUGAGCUAGCUUGCUCCAGUUAACGAAAGAUGUACAUAAUAUGAGUCAAACUAUACCAGAG